AUGCAUGAACUGAAGACGCCACCCGAAAAUAACAUUCUAAUAAAGGUUCAAAGAUUAAUGGGCAUGCCAUCCCCGAAAACUCGAUCAUCUGGGGCAGUUGUUGCGACGGGCGUCUUUAGCAUGGCUCACGCUAUUCGCAUUAUAACCUCCGUCGCGGAACAUAUUUUCGUUGUAUGUUUUCCCCAUAAAUUCUCCGGAGAGAAAAAAAUCUUCUCAGAUGAGAUAGCGCUAGGACAGGUGGAUUUCCCGCGCCUGAGAAAAGGCGGGCUACGAGGCCAGUUCUAUGAGUGCAAUUAUGUCGGCUGUCCUCAAAGUCUCCGGCAAUUUCUCAGAUUAAGUCCACCAAGAAGUCGUCUACGUACACUUUCCAGCAGAUACCAGCAAAUAGACCUUAUCCACCGUAUUGCAAAACAAUAUCUUCAACACCUAAAGCUCUCCGCCGACGAAGUCUGGUCUAACUUCUCCAUAUCGAGUCUCAUCGGCGUUGAGGCUGUCAUAAUAGAUAUGCCGACAGCGCAACCUCCAAAGUAUCCAGUUAAUAACGACCCUUCGCCCGUGGAUCAGGCCAUUGUCCGUGUGAAAAUGAACCGACUAGGCAUGAUAGUUGACCUGGCUCAUGUGAGCAAUGACCCCAUGCGAGAUGCGCUGCGGAUUUCUUCCGCGCCAGUGAUAUUAUCUCACUCGUCGCUGAAGCGGAACGGAGGGACGAUCACGAUUACUUCGUUCCCCGAGUAUACACAAAGUGAUGGUCAGGGUAAUGCGUCGUUGUCGGAUAUGACAGAUCAUGUUCAACAUGUGGGGAAUUUGAUUGGUAUGGACAUAGGGCUUGGUGCGGUCUUUGAUGGAAUGCCUAAUUCUGAAGAAGGUUUGGAGGAUAUUUCAAAGUAG